AUCCGGGUUCCUUCCGGACUGUGCUGGAACCGGUGAGGUCAGGCUGGGGUUGUUUCGGCGCUGCUGAGAGUGGAUCAUGGCUUAUCCUGGGCAUCCUGGCGCUGGAGGCGGCUACUACCAGGGCGGGUAUGGAAGUGCUCCAGGAGGACCGGCUUUUCCUGGUCAGGCUCAAGAUCCCUUAUAUGGUUAUUUUGCUGCAGUAGCUGGGCAGGAUGGGCAAAUAGAUGCUGAUGAGCUUCAAAGAUGUCUGACCCAAUCAGGAAUUGCAGGCAGCUAUAAACCUUUCAACUUGGAGACGUGCCGGCUCAUGAUCUCCAUGCUGGAUAGAGACAUGUCUGGCACGCUGGGCUUCAACGAAUUUAAAGAGCUCUGGGCGGUGCUGAAUGGUUGGAGGCAACACUUCAUGCAAGUCGACAGUGACCGCAGUGGUGCGGUCGAUUCUCAGGAGCUGCAGAAAGCCUUGACGGCCAUGGGAUUUAGGUUGAGCCCCCAGGCAAUCAAUGGAAUUGUGAAACGCUACAGCACUCGUGGAAAGAUCUCAUUUGAUGACUACAUUGCCUGCUGUGUGAAACUCCGAGCUCUCACUGAUAGUUUUCGGAGAAGGGAUGCAGCCCAACAGGGCAUGGUGAACUUCCAGUAUGAUGAUUUCAUCCAGUGUAUCAUGAGCAUCUGAUUCAAGCUGACAGAAGAGACCUGAUGAGCAUGAUCCACAUUCCACUUUGUUUUGCUUUGCACCAAAAAAUUAUCAUGGCUGUGUAACUAAAUAGUGGUAUUUGCAUAUUUUAUAAAUAUUGAUUUAUAUGCUUUUAUAGUUUUGAUAACUAACAAAAGGAGGAAACCACAAUAAAUGCUGUUUUGGGUUGAUUUCGUCUUGCAUAUUUAUAAUUUGCUUGAUAUGAAAGUAAAAAUGCUGUUUAGUUUUCCCAUUAUCAUUUGCUCUUUGUACUGAAACUGUUCGUAUUGGGACAUGCUUUGUACCUGUGCCAUUGGCAUGUACUAAAAUAAGUGCAUAAAAUGUCAGUGGAAUUUGCCUGUAGGAACAAUAUAUUGGGCCCCAGAAUAAACUGAAAGACUUCCCUCUCCCAAGUAGUAAUCAAGGUAUUGCUUCCCUAAAACGUUGCUAAUUUACUCAGCUAACUGUGCCAUGCUACGUAUUUUGAAUUUAAGUUUUUUUGACAUAGGACAGCAUCGGGUAACAAACAUAAAACUUUCCCAUAUGUCCGUACUAAAACAGAUGCGCAAAUUAGAAAUAAGGCCGUAAUUUCAUUGAGAGUUGGGGAAAAUCUUAAAUGAAUAUCGUGACUUCUUUGAUAGGGAUUUUCUUUACCCCAAACAGAAGCACAGCUUCUGUGUUGUGCCCCUUCCUGUCUCACAUCAUGUGUUGAUCCAAACUUAGCCAUGCUUAGUGUUGGCCCAUUGAAAUGACAGUCUGUCAUGACUAAAGUAUAGUUGAUUUCAGUGAUUGACUAAGGCCAUAGCUAGACCUACGGUUUAUCCCUGGAUCGUCCAGGAGUCAAACCUGUUCAUCUAGGUGACACACAGGGGAUCCAGUGCCCAGGCAGGGGUGAACCCUGGAUGAUCCCAGGAUAAACCUUAGGUCUAGCUGUGGCCUUUGUCUUGGUCCACCCCCACUUCGUUUUAAGAAAACUAUUUACUAAAUGCUCCCUAUUUUGCUAAAACAUUGGGGCAUGUGCAUUGAACAUCAUGGUUCAUCAUAAUAGGAACUGCAGUGUGAUUGCCUUCUAUUUAAUUAAAAGAGCAUUUAUUUACCUUAAUGAACAUCUCAUAUCUUUAAGUGCCCAUAUUGCAUGGUAGGGGCUGGAGGUGGGUUAAAAUAGACCGUUCCCUUCCUCCAAACUCUGUACCUUCUCUUUGACUGGUUGCUAUAAGCCGGAAAGGGUGGGCAAAGGAGAGAGACGGAUUGGCUGGCUACAUUGUGCAGCUUCAGGCUUCUUUGAAAAAUAUAUAGGUGUGAUUUCUGGAUAGAAAUCUGGCAACCCUACAGAUUUGAAGUGACGCUUUGUGUUGUUCUUAAUUUUGUGGCUAAUGCAGCAGGUAGCAAUGCUUUGCUUAAUUUUGUUGUCUGAUAAUCUGAAUAUGGUCAGGGAAAUAGCAACGAACUGGGCAUGCUGAUUACGGGCGAAUGUAGUUGGACGCAUGGAUGGAGUCUAUCUGCCGGUUCAUGCUCUACUCAAUGGCAAAAGCUGCUUCUUACCUGCCAGCCUUCUAGUAGCUUCUGUGCCACAAGCUGAGGGUGGGUGGGGGGAAUGUCCAUUGCCUUCUAGCUCCCUGAGUUUGUCUGAGCCAAUUUGCAUUUGCAUUUAAAUAGAAUUCUCAGAUUUCAGAGAACAUUGAGGCCAGCAGGAGACCAACUGCUUUGUAAAGGAGUCCUACAUGGUGCUCAGACCUAUGAGUACACUUCACAGUUCCUCCAUGUUUCCUUGGUUACAUGCAAAGUUAACCACAAGCCAAACAUAGAUGGACUUCUCUCUCUGUGUGUGUGUAUCAGACUGCUGGCUUCCUCUGUGGGAAGCUGUUGAUCAUGUUGGUAUGCUCUAUGUCACAUAGAUGCCAUGACUGGUAUAUGAAAUGCAAGAAGGGGGAGAGAAUUAGGCUUCACACAGUUUAGAUUGACCAUGUGGAUAUAUGGUCCAGCUUAUUCUAAUUUGGCGAGGCUUCAUGGGGCCUAGCAGGCUGCAUGGGAUGUGUGUUGCCUGCCCCUGUUCUAAAAUUACAUUGGCCUUGAAUUAUCCAGAAAUCUACAAAGUAAUGCAGAUCUACACUGUAGAUAAAAUGUGAAACCGCCAAUGUUUAAACUGCUUUUUUUUAAAAGAAAAAAAUCCUGUUUGUAUAUGUAUUAUCUGUACUAUUAUUGGUAAUUACAUAAUAAAUUAUGGCUGACAAGUUUGACAAUAA